AUGUCCCAGCAGACCCUAGGCAUGCAGAGCACGCAGAGCCUGCCUCGCAGCUCCAUCAGUUCGCUGGGCACCGGCCGUGCCCCGGCCCGCGGCCGCGCAGGGGCCUUGGAGGGAGCGGCCGCUCUGCGGAGCCGGCAGCCCCCAAGGGCACUGCCUGCCGUGUAUCGCCGCCGGCGCGGGCGGCGUUUGUGUGCCGUCCCUGCGGUCAGGCUGACCCCGAGCGGGGCACACGGCGGGCACGCACAGACCUUGCCCGGGGGCCCCGCACCGCCCCCGGCCCUGCCCCGCCCGGCCGCCCCCUCACCGCGGCUCCAAGGGCAGCGCGGCCGCUCCGGCCCGGCGCGGCUCCGGGGCGCUCACCAUGGCAACGCCCGCGCCGCGGCUCCGGGGACGGGCCCCGCGGCUCCGGGGACGGGCCCUGCGGCUCCCCGGGACGUGCCCCGCGGCUCCCGGGGACGGGCCCUGCGGCUCCCCGGGACGGGCCCCGCGGCUCCCGGGGACGGGCCCUGCGGCUCCCCGGGACGGGCCCCGCGGCUCCCGGGGACGGGUCCUGUGGCUCCCCGGGACGGGCCCUGCGGAUCCCCCGCGCCCCGGCCCUGCCGGAACACCCCAGGGUCCCCCCAGGCCUCCCGCCACAGCCCCCGGCCCCGGAGGCUCCUCGGGACCCCCGCGCACCCCCUGCGCUGUCCCGGCCCGGCCGCCGGCAGCGUGCCCCGGGCCCGCUGGGAGCAGGGGACAGCGCGGAGCAAAGCAGGGGACAGCGGCCAGCCCCUGCCCGCCGCCACGGCUGAGCCGUCCCUCCGAGACCCGCUCCGAAACUCAGGAGAAAGGAUCGUGAGAUGUUUGCUGCUGCUCUCUGUGCUCUGCCUGGCUGGCUGUGAAGGCAACAAGACUGAGCUGGCCAGCACCCAUGGCCUGAGGCCAGGGCUUGCCCUCCGUGUCAAGAGGAGCCCAGAUGCCUGCCUGCCAAACCCGUGCCAGCACCAGGGGCAGUGCCAGGUGGCUGUGGACAGACCAGUCUGCAGCUGCAAGCCAGGCUUCACAGGGGAAUUCUGCCAAGAUGUGGUACUGAAGCUGGCCUGUGAGGAAGAGCACAUGAAGAUGAUGGUGAGGAAGGAGGUGUUUGAGCUCUUGAAAAUCCCGCUGGAGCUUGUCCACUUGAAGAACGAGGCAUGCAAGGUCUCAGAGAAGGAAGAAGAGGGUGAGCUGUUUUUUGGAGCCACUCUCACAGGUGAAAACCACACUGCCUGUGGAUCAGUAAUCCAGCAAAACAGCUCCCAUGUCUCAUACUCCAACGUCAUCAAGUCAGAGCAGGAGGCCCACAGGGCCAUGAUCUCCCGCAGUUUUCGGCUGGAGGUGCACUUCUCCUGCAUCUACGCCUACGAGCAGGUUGUGAGACUGCCCUUCGCUCUCACUGCUGUUGACAAGCUGGUGCAGCUUGUGGUCAGAGAAGGACACUUCAAUGUCAGCAUGAGACUCUAUAAGUCCCCCUCCUACCUCGAGCCUUAUCACCUGCCCAGUGUGGCUGUCCCCCUCACGGACACACUCUAUGUCCUGCUGAAGAUGGAAGGGCAGCACCAGCUCAAGUACUUCCUGCUGAGUGUUUUGGACUGCUGGGCCACGCCGAGCACGGAUCCGCACCAGGACACGCAGCACAAGCUCAUUGAGCAGGGGUGUCCCCAUGACGAGACAGUGACCUAUCUGAAUGCCAUUGGAGAGAGCACUACUGCCAAGUUCAGCUUCCAGAUGUUUCAGUUUGUUGGUUACCCUGAGGUGUUCCUGCACUGCCGUGUGCAGCUCUGUGUUCCUGACAGCCCAGAGCCCUCUGCCAAGCAAUGCCCCAGGCACUGGAGGAGCAGGCGGGCACUGGCAGAUGACUACAACAGGAUUGUCUCCUACGGGCCCAUCCUCCUGCUGGCUGCUCCUUCCUCAGGAGCAGAGAUCCACCAUUCCAGCAUUGACCAGCAGGACCCAGCAGGAGCCAGCCCGUGGCUCUCCAGGGCCCUCAUUCUGCUGUGUGUGCUCGCCGUGCUCACUGUGGCUGCUGCGGCCGUCAGCGUGGGGCAGAGAAUGGUUUAGGAAACAGCUGUUUCCCAAUAAACAUGACAGGAGCAGAGAGGCUCUUGCUGUGUCUUUUUGGGUGUUUUGGGGAAGGGGGUAAUGGCUGGAUGCAAACAGUGCUUGAAGGAUGAG